GGAGUCUUAUUACCCAGUUGUACAAAACGGAAAACGCACUAAACCGGAGCUUUAAACUUUGAUUACCCGAGUUGAUCGUGAAUGGCGAGGGAGGGCGAUGGGAAGCCGGAGACGGAGAAGUACGUUUACAGGAUAAGCACCGCCAAAGAGUGGGAUGAAUUGCAGAGUAAUGGUUUCACUUUUGGUGGUGAUCUUGACAACUCCACUGCUUGCUUCCAUCUCAGUACCCUUCUUCAGGUACAGCCAACCUUGCAAAGAUUUUUCAAAGACGUUAAUGAGGAGUUAUACUUACUUCAAAUUGAUUCUAACAAGCUUGGGGAUGGAUUGAUAUAUGAGGUUGUGGAGGGAAAUCAAUGGUUCCCACAUUUCUAUGGACCGUCACGUAGUUUUGCUCCCCUUCCUCUUGAUGCUGUCACAAGAACAGAGAAGAUCACUUUGUCAAACGGCAUCUUCACUUGCACUUUGCUUCAUUGAGCUAGAGGUUCGGCACAAAAGGCUUACUACAACGACAGUACAACUCAUUGCUUUUCUACACUAUCGUGACCUUAAUUCUGAUUAUCGGGUUUAACCUAUAAUUGUGAUUUAUGCUUUCUGAAACAUGGGAUAAUCAUGCUAUUCUUUAACCUUUAAGGUUGUGUAAUUUGUUUUUUGAAGUAUACUUUGAACUGUCUUCGUAUUGCUCAUAAUAAUAAUGAUUCUCUUGAAAUUUCCAAGGUUA